AUUACUCCGGAGGCCAGACGCGGUCCCUUAGGCUCGGAGCUAACCCUGAGGAAGGUAGGGUCGUCUCCGCGGUGCUGCGGAGAUCCCCGCCCAGGACGGCUCCCCCUCCCCGGGCCUCUCUCAUUUUACCUGCGAGUCCCUUCGCCUCGUAGGCCUCUCGAUUCUCUUAUCGUGGGGUGAGGUGAGAGCAGGCCCGGGGAGGGUGGUUACCGCUGAGGAGCCGCAGUGGCUAUCAAGAUGAUAGAGGUACUGACAACAACUGACUCUCAGAAUCUGCUACACCAGCUGAAUGCCCUGUUGGAACAGGAGUCUAGAUGUCAGCCAAAGGUCUGCGGCUUGAGAGUAAUUGAGUCUGCCCACGAUAAUGGCCUCAGAAUGACUGCCAGACUAAGGGACUUUGAAGUAAAAGAUCUUCUUAGUCUAACUCAGUUCUUUGGCUUCGACACGGAGACAUUUUCUCUAGCUGUGAAUUUACUGGACAGAUUCCUGUCUAAAAUGAAGGUGCAGCCCAAGCACCUUGGGUGUGUUGGGCUAAGCUGCUUCUAUUUGGCUGUAAAAUCAGUAGAAGAGGAAAGGAAUGUCCCAUUGGCAACUGACUUGAUCCGAAUAAGUCAGUAUAGGUUCACGGUGUCAGACUUGAUGAGAAUGGAAAAGAUUGUGUUGGAGAAGGUGUGUUGGAAAGUCAAAGCUACAACUGCCUUUCAAUUUCUGCAACUCUAUUAUUCACUCAUUCAAGAGACCUUGCCAUUUGAAAGGAGAAAUACCCUUAAUUUUGAAAGACUAGAAGCUCAACUUAAGGCAUGUCAUUGCAGGAUAUUAUUUUCUAAAGCAAAGCCUUCUGUGUUGGCAUUGUCUAUCAUUGCGUUGGAGAUCCAAGCACAGAAGUGUGUAGAGUUAACAGAAGGAGUAGAAUGUCUUCAGAAACAUUCCAAGAUAAAUGGCAGAGAUUUGACCUUCUGGCAAGAGCUCGUAUCCAAGUGCUUAACUGAAUAUUCAUCAAACAAGUGUUCCAAACCAAAUGUUCAGAAGUUGAAAUGGAUUGUUUCUGGGCGUACUGCACGGCAAUUAAAGCAUAGUUACUACAGAAUAAGUCACCUCCCAACAAUUCCUGAAAUGGUUCCCUAAUUGGUAAAUUUGGUUCACUGUUAUUCUCUAGAUAGAGAAAAUUUUCUAAUGCUAUAAUUUUGUGCCACAAUUGAAGAAUUAAAAUAUUAACUUUAAUAUUUCAAAGUAAACAAAAUGGAGUUGGAAUAGCAAAGGGGAAAAUGACUUCACUGAUGUAGUCAGCUAAUAUUUGAAGUUUAUUACAUACAAGGUACAACACUUUAAGAGUAAGGAAUUAUGCAACCUCUGAUGUGUUAGUCAUUUCAUUAAAUUUUCAGCUUAGAAAACAUCCUCCUUAAUAGCCUGAAUUUUAAAAGUAGCACUAGUGGGUUUUUUUGGUUUCUUUUUUAUUGUAUAUCAUCUUAUUGUAUGUAAACCGAAGCUCUGGCUCAUUUAAAGCUACGCAAGCCAACUAGGACAACAGGACCAAAAGUUUGAACCAUAUAUGAACUAAUUUGAGACUGUUAUCUUAUAAACAAAAUCAGUAUGUACUUAAAAAGUAACAUAUGGUAGAUGAUACCUACAUUGGGUGUCUGGAAACUGCCAGGGGGUGUCAACACUAUAGUUACGUGUCAUUGCUGUAGAAGCUGGACUACUAGAAAGUAGUUAUAUGCAUAAAAAUGUGAACUUGGUUGCUGCAUAUGUGAUAUACACUCUUGCCAUCUCAGGUUAAUUCACAAUGAUGAUUGAUCUUUUCCUACUCAAAACUAAAUUUUAACAUUUAACACAUCUAUAUAUGAUUAUGAAUGUUAAGAUAUGGACAGUUCAAUUUUGUUACUAAUAUUUAGGCAGACUUCUGAUAAGUUGGGGUUUAUUUAAAUAGGAUUAAUUACAGCAACAAAAAACUCUUCUCUGAAGCCUUUCUCCACAACCCUGAUCUGUGGCUUCCAUAAUGUUACAAUGGAUUUAAGCUAUGAAGCCUUAAAACAUCACAGCUAGAUUAGCAUGAUAUUCUCAGAUGUGGGAAGGCUGCCUAAUUAAUAUUAUGCUGUAGUGAAAUUAUGUUAAGAGUUGAAUUCAUCUGUGAAGCUUUCAGAUCAAAGCUAAAAACAUAAAUGUGAAAUGCUAAUGACAAGCCUGGGAAGGUAAACUGUGAAUCUUCAUUUCUAACAUUGAUCUAACUUUCUAUAUUGGAUCAAUGUGUUGUAUUUAGUUGGUGUUGAAAAUGGUAACCUACUUAAUUUAAAUGUUAAAUUUUAAAAUGUGAGGUUUAUAUCAAAACCAACAUUUCACAAAUGCACUUUUAAGGCAUAAGGGUCAAUAUUCUGGACAGUGUAAAUGGUUUCUUGGCACCCAUAAUGCAAGUAAUAGAUAAUCUAGAGAUGUGGACUUUUAUUGCAAUAUGGAAAUUACAUUUAAAUUUUAGGGCAUUUAAUAUAAAGCAAAAAUACAGAUGUAGUAAAUUUGGCAUAUUCAUUAAAUUAUCUUUAAUAUUUUUUCUAGAAAACAGGUGAUGUUUGUAUCCAUGAUGAAAAUUUUUAUACAGAACCUACUGCCUCAAUCUAGCCCAUUGAUAAAAUUAGUUUCUAUUGUCUUAGUAACUCAAAAUAAAUUAUCACUUUGAAAACUUACUUUAUCACACUAAAGUAAAUUCAGGCUAGAUUUAACACUCCAGAAGUUUUUACAAAUGACUGUUUUUAUAAAAUUGUCACUGCUUCUAAUUUAGAAUUUUAUUUAAAAGGAAGAGAAUAUACUUUCACUAAUGCCCUUACUGUGCCAAAACAAAGUCUUAAAAAAAAAAAAUGAGCAGGCACCUUCAUAAUUAUGAGGUGGCUGAGGUAGUGUUCAGGAUUCUCUGUGUCAGUCAAUGAAUAUAAGGAGAACUACAGUAUUUAAGUAUUGUGGAUGGUUACUCAGUGCAAUAUGUAGCCUGAGUGCAAUCAGAAUGGCUGUUAACCAAUUUUGAAAUCAUGUUAUAGAUACACAAACACUGAAAAA